AUGGCUUCCCAUUUAAGAGAAAAAAAAGAACCUACCAAUAAUACAACGGAUGGAAAGAAUUCAGCUGAAGAAUACAAAUUCAGCACAUCAGGAAUAGCUAAUACCGUACAAACGGUAGGCGAUGCCGUUCAACCUUUCGUUCCAUUAUUCAGUAUGGUCACAAAUAUCGUUCAACAAUUAUCAACAAUCUAUGAAAAUGCCAAAUGCAAUCAAAAAAUUUGUUUAGUAUUAGUCGAGCGUGUCGAAAUCGCGCAAUACGCAGUAAAAUCUUUACAGCGACAGAAACAGGCUAAUGAAGAAAAAUUUCGAAAUCAAAAAUAUUAUUAUGCAUUUGUUAGAUUUGUUAAUGUUUUAGAGAAUAUUAAAAAAUUUUCUAAAGAAAUUACGCAGCUAUCAUGCUUUCAAAAAUUUAUAAAUGCCAAUGCAAUUAAAGAUGCAUUUGAUAAGAAUAUCAGAGAAUUUGAAGAUGUAUGUAGUGAUUUGCAUUUUACCAUAGCAAUGUAUGAUAUUGAACGAAAAGAACAAGAGGCUAAAAAUGUAGCCGAAGAUAUCGAUGUUUUGAACAAGUCUAUGGAUGAAGUGAAAUCUAACCUCAAAGUGGUAAUGAAUGAAGUGGCCGCAUUAGCGUCAAGUAUGGAGAAUUUGAACUUACAAGCCAGCAAAUCAGCAGGUAGAGCUACUACAGUAAGAACGCCUUUGAGUGAGGCAUACAAAGCACCCACGGUGGACCCGAUUCAAUUAAAUGAACCAUUUGCAUCAGAUGAUAAUGUUCGUGGUAGCAGAAAAACAGUUGUUAAAAAAUUGUUUUGUGGAUUAGAAGUUGCUUGUAAAAAAGUUCCAAAUAUCGAAAAUAACGAUACAGCACAAUCUCAAAAAGGUCAAACAGAAUUGAUCAUUCUACUUAAAUUAGGAACCUUGUGUCCGAAUAUUACGGAUAGUCAUGAGGCUAAACUUUCGAAUUUCGAAUUGAGUCGUACUGUUCAAGGAUUGUCUGCAGAAGUUAAAAACUUGUUAGAUAUCGUAAGAUGGUUAGCACCAGAAAAAAUGCGUGUAACAAAAGCUUGGCAAGAUGAACCCUCCGCACGUCCUUCAGAUUUAGAAGUACAAUUGAAAUUAAGAGAACUUUAUGAACAGUUUCAGGAAAAUUCUCCUCAGAUACGUCCUAAGGAUCCUCAUUGUGAUAUUGAAAUCCCAGAUAUAGAAUUAACAGAAUCACAGAUUGAAAUGCCUU